CAGUGGACUGUAUUAUGCGUAGCACGUGGCUGUUUUGCAAGGAAAGAAACCAUUAUUCGACCUGAAUUCCCUUACUGAAGUUUACCUUUCAAGCAGUAAAUGUACAGGGAAUCGAUCGAGUGGUUAUGGAGCUCAGCCAAAUGCUGGGAAACAUUUUUGGCACGAUCAUUUUCACGGAAUCUCUAACAUGUUUUCCCGGGUAAUUUUUGGACGGACUGCGCGUGCGCUCUGGAGGCUUGAUCCCCUAUCGACCAAUGAAAAAUCUCUAUUCAGAACUCACGAGAGUUUAUUUCGGUGUUGUAGCAUGGCGGAUGCCGGUGGUGAAGGGGCUAUAAGCAAGAACGAGCUGAAAAGAAGGCUCAAAGCGGAGAAGAAAGCCAAAGAAAAAGAGGCAAAACAAACGCAGACGCCGAGCACUCAAGUUGCAGAGAACAAGAAGAAAGAUGAAUUAGACGAAGAAUCAUUGGAUCCAAACCAAUACUUCAAAAUCCGUAGCCAAGCCAUACAAGCUCUGAAGGACAGUAAUGACUCUCCUUACCCUCACAAGUUUCAUGUCUCCAUCUCAUUAACGGAAUUCAUUGAAAAGUACAAAGAUGUCCCUGAUGGAACGUGGUCAGAUGAUGUGGUUGCUGUUAAAGGUAGAAUUCAUGCAAAGCGUCUGUCUGGUGCCAAGCUAAUAUUUUAUGAUUUGAGAGGAGAAGGGGUGAAGAUUCAAGUUAUGGCAGAUGCUAGAGCUGCAGAACAAGAUUUUGUGGAGGUGCACAAUAAAAUAAGACGUGGUGACAUAAUUGGAAUUCAAGGAAAACCAGGCAAAACAAAGAAGGGCGAAUUGAGCAUCCUGCCUUCAAGUGUUCAGUUGCUAUCACCUUGUCUACAUAUGCUCCCUCAUCUUCACUUUGGAUUGAAGGAUAAGGAGACAAGAUUUAGACAGCGUUAUCUGGAUCUCAUUCUCAAUGACAAAGUGCGGCAAAAAUUUAUUGUCAGAGCAAAGAUCAUCAAUUACAUCAGGAAGUUUCUUGACAAUUUAGGUUUUCUUGAAGUAGAAACACCACUGAUGAACAUGAUUCCAGGAGGAGCAACAGCCAAACCUUUCAUCACUCACCACAAUGACCUCAAUAUGGACCUCUACAUGAGAGUAGCUCCUGAGCUGUAUCACAAAAUGCUCGUAGUUGGAGGAAUUGACAGAGUGUAUGAAAUUGGAAGACAGUUUAGGAAUGAAGGUAUAGAUAUGACUCAUAACCCAGAAUUCACCACUUGUGAGUUCUACAUGGCCUAUGCAGAUUACAAUGACCUGAUGGAGCUUACAGAAGUUAUGUUGUCUGGAAUGGUCAAGUCACUAACAGGAGGUUAUGUGAUUACAUAUCACCCAAAUGCAACUGAUCCCGAAAACCUUGGUGAACCCCUGACCGUAGACUUUACUCCACCCUUUAAAAGGAUUCGCAUGGUACCUGAUCUCGAAAAGGCACUGAAUGUCAAGCUACCCCCUCCAUCUGAGUUUGGGACCUCAGAGACAAGGCAGAUUUUAGAUGAUUUGUGUGUUAAACACGAUGUGGAAUGCAGUUCUCCCAGAACCACUACAAGACUUUUAGACAAACUUGUCGGUGAAUUUCUUGAGGAGACCUGUGUCAGUCCAACAUUUCUCAUUGAUCAUCCUCAAAUAAUGAGCCCACUUUCAAAGUGGCAUAGAUCGGUCCCUGGUCUUUCUGAAAGAUUUGAGCUGUUUGUUUGCCGUAAAGAGGUGUGCAAUGCGUACACUGAAUUGAAUGACCCUGUUGUACAGAGAGAGAUGUUCCAACUUCAGGCCAAGGAUAAAGACGCUGGUGAUGACGAGGCAAUGUUUGUCGAUGAAAACUUUUGCACAGCUCUUGAAUAUGGCCUGCCACCCACAGCCGGUUGGGGCCUGGGUAUAGACAGACUCACAAUGUUCCUGACAGAUUCAAAUAACAUCAAGGAGGUACUAUUUUUCCCAGCUAUGAAGCCAGAUGAGAGCGGAGCAGCUGAUCAGAAUAAAACAGACACCGAUCCCGGAGAAAACGAGAAAAAUUGAUUUUUAAACUUUUUUCCAUGCCAGAGUAUAGAUAGGAGAAAAUCACUAAAGAAAUCCAUAUAAUAUCCAAAAUGAUGGACAUGUCAAAUUACAAUUUUUUUAGACAACACACUUGCAUGGCGAUCAAAAGAGUACAGGAGGGGAUGGAUUGAAAUUAUAACUGCCUCAGAGCUUCAUUUUAACUUUUUGUUGUGUGGUCCAUUAGAAUACAGUUAGGAACUCGAAAUUUUGCUUUUGCUAGUCCAAUUCCUGUUAAGGCAGAUCAAAUUGUUGUUAUUUUUGUUGUUUUUUUCAAUAUGGUGGCCGAUGCUUCUGCACGGAGACAAGAAUAAGAGCGACCUCUGAUAUGAAAGUUGUUUUUAUUCCCAUGCCGAUGAACUUAUUUUCGCAAUUUGAAGGUUUUGGUUCUGACCUCGAGAGCGACCCAUUGAUAGGAUAGGAGCCAGUUGGUUCGCAGAUCUGAAAACUAUUUCUAAUUGCAAGAAUUUACUGAAAAUUAAGCUAUUAUGUCAACAAAGAGAAAAUUUGAA